AUGGCUGACCAUGAGAAACCAUUUGCAGAGGACACUGAUAUUCUUAACAAAACAAAAAACGUAUCAAAAUCUCCAGCUAGGAUUUUUAAUACACCAGGUAAUCUCAUUGAACGAAGGCCUCUCAAAACUUAUGAAAAUCACCAUAUCGAUGAUAACAAUCCGAACCGACUUGACCAAGAUCCAAUAGAAUUUUACAAAAAUCGACCACUGCCUCCAGUUCCAAGAGAUGAAGAGAUAAUUAGCUGUGUAAAUUCGAAUAAAACCGACCGUAGAGUACCAAAGAGUCUUGAUGAUAAUUUAAUAAGACGAAAUGUUAUACAUGGAAAUGCGACACGUAGAUCAGUUGACUUCAACAACGAAAGAUUCUUCAGAAAUACCGAUAGAAAAGGAGCUGAACGUCUUUUAAUGAAUUUGAGAGAUGGAGCUUUUCUAUUCAGACCGAGUAAAAAAUAUUAUUUGGCUUUGACUAUUAAAUAUAAACAAAGCUUUUAUAAUUUUGGAAUUGAAAGAACGUCAAAAAUGACAAUUCGUUUAAAUGCCGAUACAAACAAUGUGGCUCCAGAAUUUAGAACCCUUCGGGAUUUUACCGAAUAUUUCACCAUAGAACCAAUUUCGUUCAAAAACGAGGAUGAAUUAGUUGAUAUAGUACUAGAACCAGUUCUUCCUGACAAUUUUAAUUAAGACUUAUUUAUGCUAACUUUAUUAAAUAUAUCUAAGUAAAAAUGC